GCCGCCAACCUCCUUUCCCUCCUCACAACAAACCUCGGCGCCCGUUAUUUUUCUGCUGCUUGGAACCAGACAAACGACACUCCGCCACUGUUGCUGUUGCUGCUGCUUCUCUUUCUCCCAGAGACGACUUGCUAUAAAUACGAGCUCCCACAUCCACAUCCACACCCACUUCCUCACCGCCGCAAACGAGCGACGAACAACGGUUUCGGACGGGAUCUGCAGGCAAAAAAGCAUCACCGCCAGAUGGCCGGAGCUUAAGCCUCUUUGUCCGAGCCACACCAAGUCAUCCCACGAUAAAUAGAAAACCAUAGACGACCGAGAACCGUUCAGCUUCACUCAAUCUCCAGCACAGCUUUGCAGCACAGCGAGACAUCCUUUGCAGUCGGCAGCUAGAGGAUCCUUGAAACUACAUACGCAACCUCCGCUCCCACCGGAACACCUCGCGAGCUUAAAUGCCCCAUUCGCCAUGAGUUCCUGGUACUCCAACCUCGUCACCAAAACCUCGUCUCAAAUCUCCAACCUGCGCUCCACCCUCCUCUCCAGCGAGACCGAUGGCGACACCGAGGACGACACCCACGUCUGCCGCGUCCUGCGCAACUACUACACCGAAAAGGGCCGCUCCUUUCCGAACUGGCUGCCCCCUGACCCCAAGGCACCGCCUCCGCAGAUGACGCAGGCCGUGUAUGCCCAGCCGCAGGUUGGAUCGCGGUACGGCGGGCUCGGCGGAUCGCAGCAGGCCGGCGGCGGCGGGCUCAGCAGCCUCUGGGACAAUGGGCCUGCGCAGCAGCAGCAGCAGCCGCAGGUGCCGCAGAGCUUGCGGGCGGGCAGGCCGGCGACGACGCAACCCGGGGGUUCCUCGCGGGACGAAAUACUGAGGGCGCAGGCGCCUCGUUCGGGAAGCUAUUCUGGCCCUGGCGGCCCGGCUCCCGCUGCUGGCUCGGCGCAGGAUCGUUUGAAGCAACGACUUUGGGGAACACGAACCACGAGCCCAUCGUCCGGGGGCAGUGGGCCAUUCCAACCACCACCGAAUGGAGGUUCAGCAGGCGGUGGCGGUGGCCAUCAAUCUCAGGGCAGCUACGAGGACAGAUUUGCACCGGGAGGAUCCUACGAUAAUGCCCGAGGAGGAGGCGGUGGCGGCGGCGGCGGCGGCGGUCAGCCUUUUGUAGGCGCAAACUCCCCAUGGUCUAGCGACGGCGGACCUUAUUCAGGAGGAGGAGGGGGAGGAGGAGGAGGAGGAGCCGCCAAUGGAGUCCGGAGAAAAGGCCUGCCCAGCGGUCCAAGGGGGUACAGAUGAAGAAAAGAGAGAGAAAAGGGGAUGUGCCUUUUUUUUUCUCUCAUCUUGCAUUCAUAUGAUAUAACGUAUAGGUCUAGGUUAUGUGAUGUAUAUUUUCCUUUUUUUUUCUCUUCUUCUUGCAUAUGUAGCUAGUCAUGCGGUGUGUUGGUAAUUUGUCGCUUCGAGCCAUAGCUGGCAGCAUAUAAUGCCUAUUAAUGUCCUAUUA